UUUCAGCAGUUACAGUAUUUUUUGAACGUACUGGUGAUCAUCUCCAUCUCUCACUUCAAGCAGCUCCAGACUCCAACCAACCUGCUCAUCCUCUCUCUGGCUGUGUCAGAUCUCCUGGUGGGACUGAUUGUGAUACCAGUAGUGACUGUAGCAAUUAUGGAACCAUGCUGGGGAUUUGGGGAAUAUUUCUGUGUGUUUCAAUUCUACAUCUCUUGUUUGUGUACUUCUUUAUCUCUGGGCAAUUUGGUCUUGAUAUCUAUUGACCGCUAUGUUGCUGUGUGUGAUCCCUUAUUGUACCACUCUAAAAUAACAAUAACAAGAAUGAUGUGUUGUAUAUCCAUUACCUGGUGUUAUUGUAUCAUAUACCGUGCUGCUAUUAUGAAAAUCUCUGUGAAAGUACAAGUACCAAGUAGUUGUUUGAAAGAAUGUUUUAUUGUAGAAGGGUUAAUCUGGGUUAAUAUAAUUGACCUUGUAUUUACAAUGGUUGUCCCAUGCUCUAUUAUUAUAACACUUUAUAUGAAAAUCUUUGCGGUGGCCAGAUCACAGGCCAGAAAGGUAUUUUCAAAAGAGACUGCCAGUGUGUCUGGUGUUAAAACUGUACAGGCAAAUAAGUCUGAGAGAAAAGCAGCAAAAACUCUAGCUAUUGUUGUUUUCACCUAUCUAAGUUGUUGGAUUCCUUUUUUCUUUUUUUAUUUAGUCAAUUUACAUUCGUCAUCACUUUUCUUUAGCUUUCUACCACUUUGUAACUCUUUAAUUAAUCCAAUAAUUUAUGCUUUCUUUUAUCCAUGGUUCAAAGUGACAGCUAAACUUAUUUUAACUCUGAAGUUAAGGCGUUCAUAGUUCCUAUGUUUUUAUGCCUAACUUUGACAAACGUGUUUGAUGUUGUGUUGUUAUGCAAUUGUUGUAAAUGCUUAUUUCACGUGUCAAUACACUGACAUUACUUAUGUCAUUGUUGUAAUCAUAGAUAACAUUCUGUUGAUACAGAAUGUUUGUCUGAAUUGGAUUGGAAUUAAUCAGACAAGGCAUAUGAAUAGAUCAUCUUGUUUUAUAAAAGACUUUGGUUGUAUUUUCCAAAUACCAAAGUCUGUGGUUGUUGCAUGUUAUUUAAUGUGGACCCAGGAAGAUUAGCUGAUGCUUUUGCAUUGGCUAGUGGGGAUCCUAAUUAAUACCAAAUGUACAUUUUAAGGAUGUCAUGAGUAAUUCAAUUUACUUUCUAAUAUUCCCCCCUAGUGGCGCAAUUGGGACACAACGCCUUCUACAAGUACAUUAAAGUUGAAAUGUACAAUACCUCAUGAUAUCAGAUAACAUCCAGAUCUAACUAAAUUGUGUAAAAUGUCAGAAUAUGCAAUUAUGGGUAACACUUUAUAAUAACAUUCAGUUAUAAACCAUUUGUAAGACAUUUACAGUUUGAUCACUAUUUAUUAUUAAGCCCAUAUUUACUAAAUGUUAAUCACCUGGGUAUUCUGACAUUUAUAAAUUACUACUAUAUGCAUUAAUGAUUAAACACAACAGAGGAGACCACAGUAGACACUUCAACAUACUGGUUAUGAACACUGCCAUUACUCUCACUUACCAAUACUUCUCUGUGUUGUCAUCAUAGAUAGAUGUGUUGUUGAUACAAAAUUAUUAGGCUGGAUUGGAAUGGCUUGGAGAAGGCAUAAGAAGUCAUUUUGGGUUGUAUAUUCCAAAUACCAAAGUCUGUGGUUGUUCCAUGUUAUUUAAUGAUACAGUAAAUAGUAUGUAAUUAUUCUUAAAGUACAUUUAGAGGAAGUCAUGAAUCAUUCUGUAUAUUGUCUAACAUUACCCUCUAGUGGCUCAAUUGGGACUCAAUGCCAUUAGCAAGUGUAGUGGAUCUGAAAUGUUCAAUACUGCAUAUUCGAUGACGUCCAAGUCUAUCUCAAUGGUGUAUUGUGUAAGCAGUUGAUGGUAAAAUGCAAGAAUAUGCAGAUAAUUUGUAACACUUUAUAAUGUUCAGUAAAAAAACAUUUGUAAGGCAUUUAGUUUGCUCACCGUUUAUUAUCUCGCACACAUUUGCUAAAUGUUAAUCACCUGGGUAUUAUGACAUUUUUAAAUUACUACUAUAUGCAUGAAUCAUUAAACACAACAGUGCAGGAGACCACAGUAGACACUUCAACCUCAACAUACUGGUUAUGAACACUACCACUACUCUCACUACAUCACUGCUGCCAGGUCAGGGGUCACACCAGAGCAGCUCUGUCAGAAGCUGUUUAGUGUGAAUGAAAAUAGUGAUUGGGUAACACACUAAAUAAUUAAUAAUGGAUAAGUAAAUAGUUUAUUCAUCAUUCAUGUAUCAUUACGCCCACAUUUGUUUUAGCAAGCUAGUUAUUCCCACAUUUAUAAACAACUUCUUUAGUAUGUAAUAAUGAUUCAUAAGAUGUUUAAUAAAUAUCCUU